AUGGAUCAGCUGAUAGCUCAGUACAGACGACAAAGAAGUAGUGACAGUGAUGCGUACAAAGAUCAUGUCGUCUUUGAUGACACUGGUGAUUUUCAUUUGAUGCUGCAUUCUUCUUCUCCUCCUCCUCUUCUUCCGUUCUUCUUCUCUUCCUCUUCUUCUUCCGUUCUUCUUCUCCUCCUCCUCCUCUUCUUCCUUUCUUCUUCUCCUCCUCCUCCUCUUCUUCUUCUUCCGUUCUUCUUCUCCUCCUUCCGUUCUUCUUCUCCUCCUCUUCUUCUUCCGUUCUUCUUCUCCUCCUCCUCUUCUUCCGUUCUUCUUCUCCUCCUCCUCUUCUUCCGUUCUUCUCCUCUUUUUCCGUUCUUCUCCUCUUCUUCCGUUCUUCUCCUCUUCUUCCGUUCUUCUCCUUCUCCUCUUCUUCCGUUCUUCUCCUUCUCCUCUUCUUGCGUUCUCCUCCUCCUCAGUUCUUCUCUUCUUCCUCCUCCUCCGUUUUUCUCCUCCUCUUCAGCUAUUCUCCUCCUCCUCCGUUUUUCUCCUCCUCUUCAGUUAUUCUCCUCCUCCUCUUUUCUCUUCCUCCUCCUCUUUUUUUCCGUUCUUCUCCUCUUCUUCCGUUCUUCUCCCUCCUUCUUCAGUUCAGUUCUUCUCUUCUUCCUCCUCCUCCGUUUUUCUCCUCCUCCUCUUCUUCAUCCUCCUGCUCUUCUCUUCCUCAGUUCUUCUCCUCCUCCUCCUCCUUAG